UUUGUCCAGUCCACCGCCUCGACAAUCCUCUUUUCGUCACCAUCCCUCAUCCGAGUGAGAUAAAUCUCCACUUAAUCAUGAGCUUCACUGUGGAAGAGAGGGGCAGCCCCAACUCCUUGAGCUACCGCUUGUUUUUCAAGAAUUCCGAGGGGAAACACAUCUCACCGUUCCAUGACAUACCAAUAUAUGCUAAUGAGGGACAGAACAUCUUUCACAUGGUGGUGGAAGUUCCAAGAUGGACAAAUGCAAAAAUGGAGAUUGCCACAAAGGACCUCUUGAACCCAAUAAAACAGGACGUGAAGAAGGGCAAGCUGCGCUACGUGGCUAAUGUUUUCCCCCAUAAAGGCUACAUAUGGAACUAUGGAGCCAUUCCUCAGACGUGGGAAGAUCCAAAGCACAAAGACACAGACACUGGCUGCCACGGGGACAACGACCCCAUUGACGUCUGUGAAAUCGGCUCCAAGGUGUGUUGCCGUGGCGAGGUGAUUAAAGUGAAGGUGCUCGGGGUGCUGGCUAUGAUCGACGAGGGCGAGACCGACUGGAAAGUGAUGGCCAUCAACGUUGACGACCCCGAGGCCAGCGAGCUCAACAACAUCAGUGAUGUUCAGAGGUUGAAGCCCGGCUAUCUGCAGUCAACGGUCGACUGGUUCAAGCGAUACAAAGUACCCGACGGGAAGCCAGAGAACACAUUUGCUUUCAAUGAGGAGUUCAAGGACAAGGACUUUGCCAUUGAAGUCAUCAAGAGUACUCACAACUUCUGGAAAGCUCUCAUUUGCCAACAGUCAGACGGUGGUGAACUGAACUGCAAAAACACUUGCAUCUCAUCCAGUGACAGCCCUUUCUGUUGCUCGGUGAAUGAGGCUAAAGCUGCUGUCGGUGAUGCAUGCCCUUGUGAAAAGGAGGAACCAAUCCCAUCAUCAGUCGAUAAAUGGUUUUACUACGACAGGAUGUAACCUUCAGACUGACUGCGCGGGAGAACAAAUUGGACGGUUCAUCUGUCAUAGGUUUAUUUAAAGAUGAUAGGAACUGUUCUAACAGCGGAAGGAGACAUUGCAGGUUUUGUAAGGUGUCUGUCUUCCUUAUGGAAAGGUUAGUGUCUAGAGAUUAUAGUAAUAGCCAUUGAAGUCAUCAAAAAUAGCAUUUAUUUCUUCCCUUAUUUAUCAAAAGCUUUCCCUCCACGCGAGGUGUAGGUUUAAAACUGACACAGGUAUGAUGCCUAUUAGUGUGUGCCAUGUAGGAUACACUGAAUUGCUUGAAUAAAGAUACCCCUAUG